AUGGCUUCCGCAAUUAAGAGCGCGCUGCCUUCGCACCUGUCACCCCUUGCUGGUGCUGGCAAUGGCGGCAAGGAUUCCGGCAACGAGCAGGAGUUCACCUCGCGCCACCACGGCAAGACGAGGUCGCACAUGGCUUUCGAGAACACUUCGACCAAUGUCGCCGCUGCCCAGAUGCGCAAUGCGCUCACCCAGCUUGCUGAGUCCGUGGAGGACCCUGAGCAGAAGAAGCUGUUUGACACGGAGAUGGACAACUUCUUCGCCCUCUUCCGUCGCUACCUGAACGACAAGGCCAAGGGCAACGCUGUCGACUGGGACCGCAUCGCCCCUCCCGCCCAGGGCCAGGUUGUCGACUACGAAGAUCUCGCCAAUACGGAGGCCGUCCAGUUCCUCGACAAGCUGGCCGUCCUCAAGCUCAACGGUGGUCUCGGUACCUCGAUGGGCUGCGUUGGUCCCAAGUCGGUCAUUGAGGUUCGCGACGGCAUGUCCUUCCUCGACCUUUCCGUCCGUCAGAUCGAGUACCUGAACCGCACGUACAACGUCAAUGUGCCCUUUAUUCUGAUGAACUCGUUCAACACCAACGAUGAUACCGCCGCUAUUAUCAAGAAGUACGAAGGUCACAACGUUGACAUCCUCACCUUCAACCAGUCCCGUUACCCCCGUAUCUUGAAGGACUCCCUCCUGCCCGUCCCCAAGAAGUUCGAGUCUUCCAUCUCCGAAUGGUACCCUCCGGGCCACGGUGAUGUCUUCGAGUCCCUCUACAACUCUGGCAUCCUCGACCAGCUCAUUGAGCGCGGUAUCGAGAUUGUCUUCCUCUCUAACGUCGACAACCUGGGCGCCGUCGUCGACCUCCGUAUCCUGCAGCACAUGGUUCAGACUGAGUCUGAGUACAUCAUGGAGCUGACCAACAAGACCAAGGCUGACGUUAAGGGUGGUACCAUCAUUGACUACGAGGGCCAGGCUCGUCUCCUCGAAAUCGCCCAGGUCCCCAAGGAGCACGUUAACGAGUUCAAGUCGAUCAAGAAGUUCAAGUACUUCAACACGAACAACAUCUGGUUGAACCUCAAGGCCAUUAAGCGUGUUGUCGAGAACGACGAGCUUGAGAUGGAGAUCAUCCCCAACGGAAAGACCAUUCCUGGUGAUAAGAAGGGCGAGUCGGACAUCUCCAUCAUCCAGCUCGAGACGGCUGUGGGCGCUGCUAUUCGCCACUUCAACAACGCGCACGGCGUCAAUGUGCCCCGCAGGCGCUUCCUCCCCGUCAAGACGUGCUCUGACCUGAUGCUCGUCAAGUCUGAUCUCUACACCGUCAAGCACGGCCAGCUCCAAAUGAGCUCGUCCCGUUUUGGCGACGCUCCCCUCAUCAAGCUGGGCAGCGACUUCAAGAAGGUCUCUGACUUCCAGAAGCAUAUUCCUUCGAUCCCUAAGAUCAUCGAGCUCGACCAUCUGACCAUCACUGGUGGUGUAAACCUCGGUCGUGGAGUGACUCUGAAGGGCACCGUCAUUAUUGUGGCGACCGAGGGCAGCACCAUUGACAUCCCUCCCGGAUCUAUCCUCGAGAACGUGGUUGUCCAGGGAAGCUUGCGUCUGCUGGAGCACUAA